UUUUAAUUUUAUUUUUAAUUAAUUACAUUUUAUUUGUAUGUUUUGCUAAGAAGAGUGUUUUACAUUGAGGCAAUCUACAUUUAUUUAUGCAUGAGUCAGAUUAUCUAGCUGUAAUCUGGGUUUGGCUAUUUUACCUCUUGGGCCUCUGUUUCCUUGUCUGAAAGAACUUUGAAGUGGCUUAACACCCGUGGGUUUCUGUGAAUUAUUUUUUCUAGAGAAUGACACUUUGCUUAGGAUAUAGUCUGAAAAUAAGGGCAGUCAAGCAGAGCCAGGGGCUCAGGAGAUGGCCAUUUGGCUACUUGGGCCACUUGGGGAGGCUCUUGCCCUGUCUUGGGGGUCAGAAGGGGUGGUUAGUUUGUAUCUGACCUUCACUCUAGGUCCCACGUUUUUGGAAGAUAGUCUUUUUUUUUUUUUUCAUUUAGGAGAAAGCUUCAUGCCAUUGGAUGAGUUAGGAAAGUUUGUGACUUUAUAAAUACCUUGGAUCAAUGGCUCCCUAGCUUGGCUGCACAUUAGAAUUACCUGGGAAAUUAAAAAAAAAAAAAAAGAAAUCAGGAUGCCCAGACCCACUAAAGCCCAGGCAUCACUAUUUUUUUGAAGCACCAGGUAAGAACUAGUACCUUCGACUUUGGUACAUCAGUUGUUAAAACACACUUUUCCAGAGGCCAUGAUUAAAAAGCAUUUUGCGGGUGGAAGAUUAUAUAGACACGCCAACGGACCCAAUCACCUAGAUGAGAAACUGUAUGUAUUGUAUGCAUUUAAUGCAUUCCUUAAUUUGACAAAUAUUUUUUUUUUAAAAAAAAGCAGAUAUGGAAUAAUAGUAUGCAGUUAGCGGUAAGUGCUAUGAACUGGAAAACAAAGCAAGAGAAACUGUUUGCAGUUGAAUCCUAAACAUGUAUUCCAGAGGGCUACCCUUGGCACUUUUGAUACUGAUGUUUAGUAACACUUCAGAAAAUUGUAUAUCUCGUCUCCACAUUACUGCGGUUGAAGGUGAGCCUUUCUAUUUGAAAUAUUGCCGAUCCUCUUCUGAGAGUGAGAAUGAAAAAAACACAAGAUGGUACUACCAAAGCCCUGGGUCGCUUGACCAGAUCGCGCUAAACCCAAGCAGUUCGCCCAGACUUGCUUUUCAUGACUAUGCUUUGGAAUUUUGGCCAGUUGAAUUGGAUGACAGUGGAUCUUACUUUCUCAAAAUGGGAAAUGAUACUCAUGAAUGGAAAUUAAAUGUUAUCAGAAGAAAUAAACACAGCUGUUUUACUGAAAAACAAGUAAAUACCAGAAAUGUGGAAGUUAAAAAACGUUUGAUGAUAACCUGUGAAAAAAUGUACUAUGGAAGACUGAUCAACAGAACAUCGCUCUACAAGAACUGUGAACAGAUAGAGAUCAAAGGAAACACUUUCGAGAAGAAUGCAGAAUUUGAAGAUCAGGGAUAUUACACCUGUGUGCUUUCCCUUCAUUACAAUGGAAAACUAUUUAAUAUCACCAAAACCUUCAAUGUAACAAUAGCUGGAGAUUACAAUAAUAUAAUUCCAGUUCUUCUUGGAGCAAAGUUUAACCAGACUGAAGUGGAAUUAGGAGAAAAUGUACAGCUCAACUGCUCUGCUUUGCUGAAUAAAGAUGAUACAGUUUAUUGGAACUUCAGGAAAGAAAACGAGACAGAUGAUAAUGUACAUGAAGAUCCAGAAACAAAAAUUAAGACCUCUGAAGGCAAAUGGCUUGCUUCAAGGAUAUUGCGCAUAGAGGAUAUUAAUGAAAAUAAUCUAAAUUUUCCCUACAAUUGCACAGUGGCCAGCAAGGGAGGCACAGACGUCAGAGUCUUCAUCUUGGUGAGAAAAAAUAAUGUUGAUAUCCCAGGCCACAUUUUCACUAGAGGAAUGAUAAUAGCUGUUUUGAUCUUGGUGGCAGUUGUGUGCAUUGUGAUUGUGUGUGCCAUUUAUAGAGUUGACUUGGCUUUAUUUUAUAGACAUUUAAUUGGAAGAGAUGAGACAUUAACAGAUGGAAAAACGUACGAUGCUUUUGUGUCUUACCUAAAAGAAUGUCGACCAGAAAACUUCGAGGAGCACACCUUUGCUGUGGAGAUUCUGCCCAGGGUGUUGGAGAAACAUUUUGGGUACAAAUUAUGCAUAUUUGAAAGGGAUGUAAUGCCUGGAGGAGCUGUUGUUGAUGAAGUCCAUUCACUGAUAGAAAAGAGCCGAAGGCUCAUCAUUGUCCUAAGUAAAAGUUAUAUGUCUAAUGAAGUCAGGUAUGAACUGGAAAGUGGACUCCAUGAAGCACUGGUGGAAAGAAAAAUUAAAAUAAUCUUAAUUGAAUUUACACCUGUUACUGACUUCAUGUCCUUGCCCCAGUCACUAGAGCUUUUGAAAUCUCAUCGAGUUCUGAAGUGGAAGGCUGAUAAGUCUCUUUCAUAUAACUCGAGGUUCUGGAAAAAUCUUCGUUAUUUGAUGCCUGCAAAAACGAUCAAGCCAGGCAGGGAUGAAUCAGAAGUCUUGCCUGCUCUCUCACAGACUUGACCUUCGGAAACGCCGACUAUCAGAAAGAACUCUAGAUACUUGGGGGUGGAGUGUGUGAACUUGUGGAUAACAAAGGACUUUAAUCAAAUUAUUGAACUGUACUCUAUGAAAAUCCUACUCACAAUCUGAAGAUAAAACCUGUCAUAAGGAUGUCAGGGGUCAGAAUAAACACUGAGCUGUGGUCCCCUGCUUCCGGAAGACCUGGAGUUCGAAAGAAACAGAGCUUCUCUGUUUGCCAUCUAUCAUAACUGGAUGCAGCUACUUGUACUUGACCCUGUAUUUAGCAACCAUGAGGCUGGGCACUGCGUGGAACGGUGGUGGAUGCCUCACAAGACGGUCACAGCUGUAAGUUUUCGAUGCUGACAAUCUCAUUUGAACUGAAGGACUUUAGGUGCACGAAGAGGCAUUUUGUGUGAACCGUAGUGGGUGACAGUAACUGGAAUGCUUCCUUCCCUGAGUCCUGGUGGAACAGUGGUUAAGAGCCACAGCAAGCUACAGCUGCUAACCAAAAGGUCAGCAGUUUGAAUCCACCGGUUCUUUGUAAACCCUGUGGGGCAGUUCUACUGUGUCCUAUAGGGUUGCUAUGAGUCAGAAUUGACUCCAUGGCAGGGGGUUUCUGCACACCUUGGACUAUGCAUGGAAGGACAGAACAGGGUAGGGGGGUGGCCUGUGAGCCUAUCUGUCUAAGUAGGUUCUUGGCCUCAGGAUGUGUGUAACGGACCCCGGGCACAGUUGCAGGCCCCUGGUCCUUGGACUCCACUAAAGCACAAUGAAGAGCUUCUUUAAUGAGGCCUAUCAUGGAAGCUUCUUAGAGGGAACCCAAGAUGCUUUUACAUCUUUCAUGAAGGACAGAAAUCUUAAUUCAGAAGAUAAUGCCCCAGAUCUUUCCGUUACAAAGGUCUCAAACAUAUGUUGAUUUUAUGCAAAUAUUUAUAUCCAGGAUUGGCAACAAGAUCAUAUUAGCCACUAAACAGAAAAAAAUUACAUAUUUAAUAUGUGCUAGAUUGGAGGCAGCAAGGCAUGGUGGUUGGAAGGAUGGGCUGUGCAGUCGAAACACCUAAGCUCCGGCUCUGGCCUUGUGACUAACUCCUGUAACCUUGGAAACGUUACCUAGCCUCUCUGUGAUGCAGUUUCCUCCUCUGUAAAGCGGGAGCUUAUAAUAAUCGUACCCACCUCACAGGGUGACUAAAUGAAAAAACGUGAUAAAGUCCUUAGAAGAGUUCUCGGCAUAGAGCUAAUGCUCCGUAAGUGUUGCUGUUGUUGCUGUCACUUAGAUAAGUUAUUCAGCAGGGGGCUAAAAUGGAAACCAGAGAGCGGGAAAGGGAAGGAGAUCAGGAGAGUAAGGUCGUCCUGUAGGUUUCUCUCUCUGUAGGAGAAGCAUAGAAAGAAACCUACAGGAGAAGCCGAUCAGUAGGGUGGAAGAUGUUUCUCCCUUGGAUAUCUGCCUCUUUGGACACUGGAAGAGUCCCUGAGGUUAUGUCUGCCUCACUUCCGCGGCCCCAGCAUCGUGGGCCUCCUGGAUGGUCUCAGCAGUUGUGGCUGCCCGUGGAAAUCACUGAGUCACUGACCAGUGUCAGCCUUAAAGCAAAAGAAAGAGUUGUGUUAAGUAUGUAACCAUCAGUUUGGAAGGCUGGGUAAAACACAUGGGUGCAAUAUGAAUAUUCAAAAGGAGUUUAAACAGAACCCGUUUAAAACAGCUGUAGUAGAUGUUGCUGACAAUCAAAGAAGGGUGAGAGUUCCGUUAGAUGUCCAGUGUGAUAAAGUGAUUGAACUGUUACAGGGCUCUGGAUUUUUGAAAAGGGGCUAGUUGGUUGGCUAAACAAGUACAAGACAAUUCUAUUAAUAACUCUCAUGUUUAUAUGUUAAAAUAUAUUAGUGAAAAUAGGGAAUUGAGAGAAAUUGUAUUGUAAUAACGGUAGUCUCUAAUACAUAGGAUGGUUUUGCUUUUCUCUUGUCAUGUAUGUUUUAAAAUAAAUUAAAUGAACCAUUUUUUGAACUUCACUUUUGAAAAGAAAACAAUUCUAUUUUUGAAAUGUCUGGUGUCUUUUCACUGACUUUAAGAUUCCAAUACCUCAUUCUCACCAUAUAUUUUCACAUGUUUUAAUAAGAUAUAGGGUAUUCACAGUGAACUCCCACCUCUAUGUUUUUUUUUUAAGUUCAAAUUAUUUGUACCUUCCACCCAGAAGCAAAGGGAGAAUUAUCUUUUCUCUUUUAUAAGAUCUUCCAAUACCCAGCACAAGGACUUACAUAUAGUAAGUCUUCACAUGUCGGUGAGUUAAUGUACGUAUUUUUAAGCUUAGGUACAAACAUCCCUGACUAGGACCAAUGUAUUUUUAGAUAUCUGAACAUCCAUUGGAAACCCUGGUGGCGUAGUGGUUAAGUGCUACAGCUGCUAACUAAAGGGUUGGCAGUUCAAAUCCGCCAGGCGCUCCUUGGAAACUCCAUGGGGCAGUUCUACUCUGUCCUGUAGGGUCGCUAUGAGUUGGAAUCGACUCGAUGGCACUGGGUUUGGGUUUUUUGGUUUGAACAUCCAUUAUCUUCUAUUACAUCAGAUGUCCUCAAAAUCUGGAAUCUAUUGCAGAGAACCAGUGAAUAAUCAGAUCUCUAAAAUGGAUAAAGAAAAAACUCAUGUGUGUCUAUCAUGUGCUAGAAACAUUUUAUGAAAUUAGAAUUACAGUCUUUUAAAGUAGUGUGAGGGACCUUAACCCAUUAAACACACUGCCAUGGAGUUGAUUCUGACUCAUAGUGAUCUUACAGGAGACAGAAGAACUGCCCAUAGGGGUUCCCAGUCUGUAAAUCUUUAUGGAAACAGAUUGUCACAUCUUUCUCUACAGAGCAGUUGGUGGGUUCGAAAUGCUGACCUUUUGGUUAGCGACUGAGCACUUUAACCACUGCACCACCAGGGCUCCUGCUAGAAAGAGACCUUCAAAAGCCAAUACCAAACCCAGUCCCGUCAAGUCGAUUCCGACUCCUAGUGACCCUAUAGGACAGAGUAGAACUGCCCCAUAGAGUUUCCAAGGAACGCCUGGCGGAUUUGAACUGACCACCCUUUGGUUCGCAGCCGUAGCACUUAACCACUACGCCACCAGGGUUUAUUACCUACAUAUUCCAAACCCAGGAACCUGAGACAUGAUACGUCCAGGGACUUGAUCAAAGUCACACACCUACCUAAUGUACCAUGUCCUCUCUUUAGAACUGCCUGUUGCAAAGUAAGGCUUGAGGUAAGUAUUUCUGAGGUCACAGGCACUUUUCUUGGGGGAGCACAUUUUACCAAGGAGGUGUAGGGCAGCUGCUUAGGAAUGACUCAGGAGAGGAAAAAAGAGUAAGAGGGAUCUGAGGGUUCCUUUUAGGCCACAAGGGUAAGAAUGCAGGGAAAAGUGAGCCCUAGGUCCUCCACAGGAAGAAAGUACACACUUGAAUGGAACGGGCCAACUGUGGAAUCUGCCCAGAUACAGGAAGUUAGAGCCCCUGACAGGUCCGAGGGGCAAGGUGCAGCCUUCGGCCCACACUGGUGCUGAGCAGUCAGCUGCUUGGGCUUGCAGAGAUGAUGAACUUUCCAGCAGCUGUUAACAUGGCUGCCUGAAGCUGGAACAUUGGUAAAACCAGUGCCCAAGGCAGAGGUGAGUCAUGGCUUUAAAUAGAGGAAAGAACCUCACCCUGGCCUGAAGUGCAGCUCUGAAAGAGUGGACCCAGGGCUGGACUGGACACCAUCUUUCUGAGCAGGAGCUACCCUCAGAGGCACCAUCACAGCAAUAGGGAACUCUUCAAAGGGUGGCUAAGUCACGAAUAACAGGAAGUGGCAUGUAUGUCUAUGGGCAGGACACAGGGUCCUGCCAGUCCCACCCUUAUGCCACACUGAUAGUGAUCACAGUUUGGGCUGAGAACUUUGAGACCAAAACCUGUAUUUCUGUCUGAGGCUUGCAGAAAACCAGCCUUUAUCACAGGCUUGUGAAAAUUAGUUUUUAUCUCUUUCUGGGAGAUCUUGUGGGUACACAUAGCACCCAGGGAACAUCACACCCCAUUUAUGCAGUUGCUACAAUUUAAUGCACCGGCUCAAUAAUUGCUGUUGUAUAUUUAGGUUACGUUAUGACUAUGUUACAAAUCUAUCUUGGAAGAAGUACAGCCAGAAUCCUCCUUAGAAAUGAGAAUGGCAAGACUUCGUCUCACGUACUUUGGACAUGUGAUCAGGAGGUACCAGUUCCUGGAGAAAGACAUCAUUCUUGGUAAAGAAGAGGGUCAGUGAAAGAGACGAAGACCCUCAAGGAGAUAGACUGACACAGUGUCUGCAACAGUGGGCUCAAAUAUUGCAAUGAUUAUGAAGGUGGCCCGAGACCAGGCAGUGUUUUGUUCUGUUGUACAUAGGGUCACUAUGAGUUGGAACUGACUCGAUAGCACCUGAGUUUCUCAGAGAGUUUCUGGGUGGUGCAAGUGGUGGGUAAGAACCAAGAAAACCUUUCAAACAUGCCUGGAACAUGAUUGCCCUCUACGGAGAAAGUGAAUUUAGAAUGAUUAUUUAAAAUGGUACCUGAAAAUGAGUGAAUAAAUAGCUGGCUUGCUUAAAAAAUAUGUGUGCUACAAGAAUUAAUUUUAUAACCUCCAAAAUAUCCUAUGACAUUAUAUACUUAUAUUCAGUAAUUAUUUGCACUAUCUUCUGAAUGAAGUGUGAAGAUGAAUGAAGAUGCUGGGAAAAUAUGAGGCAUAACUGGGUUGAAUUUUCACAAAUAUGCAUGAAGUUAAGCAUCCAGACGAGAGUUGCUCUUUUUAGAGUGGCACCUGUACUUUCUACAUUGGUUCUCCUUUGAUAAAACCACUUGUUCAAACUACUUUUUAGAAAUUUACAAAGGAAGGCACAUAUUAUCCAAUGCCCUUGCAUUUCCACACCUUAGGUAGACUAGAUAUUUUUGAAAGCACCAGAAGUCCCUGGAGCCAAGCCUGCUGAAUAAUGUUGGUAACGACCUGAUUUUUUUUUUUCUUUUUAAAACCAAAUUAUGUUAGUUUUCUGCAGAGAGUUAUAGUUAGUGAGUUUUCAAGUUGUUUCUCUUGAUUUUCAGCAUUAUUAUUGUGAAAUGUAGAAUAAAUAUGACCAAGAGGGAAUUCAAACUUAGGUGAAGAGAGAAAAAAGAGAGUCCCUGUGCUUGGUUUAUUUAUCUUUACUUUUUAAAAUGUUUUAUUAGGAAACAUCUGAAGCAUACAGAAAAAAUGAAAAGAAAGGUACACUAAAUGCCUAUGUAUCUACAAUCCAAUUAAAAUUGCAAAUAAUUUCUCACAUUAAUCUUUCUCCUGCUGUAUUUUUUUUUUUCUACUGGAUUUGUUUUUGCAACAACGUUUUUUCAUCAUUACAUUAUUCUCAAAUCCUUCGGCAUGAAUCACCAAGAGAUAGACAUUUUUCUACAUAAUCACAAUACAGUUACUAACAUUUAACAAAACUAAUAAUAAUUUCCUAGUGUCAUCUGGCAUCCAGUUCAUAUUGAAAAUCUCCCACUGUCCUAAAAAAUCUCAUUUUAUAUUCUAUAAAGAUGUUUUUAAAACUUAGAUCAAAACAAGAGUCUUGCACUGCAGUUAGUUGUACUCUUAAAUCUCUUUUAAUCCAGACAACCCCCCCUUAAACACACACACAGACACACACACACACCUUUUAACUUUUUAUAUCAUGACACUGAUUAAAAGGAUCAGCUCAGUUGUUUCACAAAUUGUUCCACACUCUGGAUUUUUCUGAUAGAUUCUUUAUAGUAUCUCUAAUUUUUCCUCUAUCCUCUUCCCUCUGCCACAAGGUUUGAUUGGAUUCAGGAUAAACAUAUUUGACAAGAACACUUCAUAAAUGCUUCUGUGGAAUUCACAUGGUUUCACACCAGGAGUCGCCUGAUGCCUGGUUGGGUCACCACUGGUGAUGACCAGUUUGGUAACUGGGUUAAAAACAAUGUCUUGAAGGUCUAUUUCCCACUCUGCAAUUGGCAAGUCAUCUGUAGGUGAUUUGGUCCAUUGUGCAUACCAGGCCCCCCAUGGACAUUGUACCUAGUUGCUUUAGCAUCCAUUUAUGAUCUUGCCUGAAUGAAUUAAGGCUAAUUAAUUAAUUAAGUUUGCUAAGCAGUGGUUUUCAAGAUCUAUUAUUUAUUCUAUAUUUAUUAUCUGAGAGUCUUUGGAAAAGAGAAGCUUUCCCUUAACAAGUGGGAUAUUUGAUUACACUGAACUACAGUUCUUACUGAAAGAAUAGGGUAACUCCUUUAUUAAACACCCCCUCCUCCAUAAAAUAAAAACCAAACGCAGUGUCAUUGAGUCAAUUCUGAGUCAUAGUGACCCUGUAGGACAGGGUAGAGCCGUCCUAUGGUGUUUCCAAGGCUGUAAAUCUUUAUGGAAGCAGAGCUGUUGGUGGGUUUGAACCGCUGACCUUCUGGUUACAGCCCAGCACUUAAACACAGCACCAACAGGGCUCUUUAGGAAAAGAG